GCGUGCGCACUCAAGAUGGCUGGUGCCGAGCACGGGAACACCGAGGCUGAUGUAGGAGAAGGAAGAAUGGCUGCGAGUGAGGGAGCGAACGGAGGGGAAUAUGCGGACGAAGGACAGGAUGGUCGAGGCGACACGGAACUUUUCAGCAAGUCGCUGAAAAUUCAAUCCAAACGUUUUUACGUGGAUGUGAAGCAAAAUCGUCGUGGCAAGUUCAUCAAAAUUGCAGAGGUUUCUGUUAACCGUUCUGGAAAAAGCAAGGUAAUAUUUACCAUGGGCGUGGCUCGGGAUUUCUGCACCAAGCUAACAGCCUUUGCAAAUUUCCUUGCCCAAGCACCGAAACGUGAUGAAGAAUCAGAGGAAUCUGGCAAUUUGAUGAGCGAGAGCAUCAGAGGUCCAAACAACAGGAUGUAUUAUCUUGACCUCAAAGAAAAUAACAGAGGAAAGUUCCUCAAGAUCAAUCAAACUGGGACAUACGGCCGUGGAGGUCGCACUAAUAUUGCUGUUCCUGCUCAAGGCAUUGUGGAUAUUAGAAAUGCACUUUCUGAGGUGCUUGAGGAGUAUGGCUCAGAAGAAGAGGAGGUAUCAAGUGACUUACCCCCUUCACGUGAGCAGCGUGUGGAACAAAAACGUUUUUACUUUGAUGUUGGUAGCAACGCAAGAGGAGUAUAUUUGAGGAUUUCCGAGGUAACAGCCAAUUAUCGAAAUUCGAUCACAAUACCCAAAAGAGGGUGGGUAAACAUGAGGGAUAUUAUAGAUGACUUCGUCAAGAAGAUGGAAGACGAUGAAGAGGAGGAGGAUGAAGAGGACGAAGAAGAAGAAGAAAGAGGGGACUAGCUCAGUGUCCUCUCCAAAGCCUCCUGACUUCUCUCUAUUUCUUUCUCUCACUUUCUCUUUCUCUCCAUUCCCCCUCCUCUCAAAACACAAAACUCUAUUACUUAUAGUAAAUAGCCAUCCCCAAAAAAUACAAUACAUGGCCUCCUUUCUCCUCCCCGCCCCCCGAAAAAUAAUACGAACACUUUUAAAAUAAUAUCAGAAGCAAACUUAACUGGCUUUCGUGUUUUGUAAACAGAAAGCCAAAUUUAUUCUUAUUUCAGAGGGUGCAAGAAAUUUUAACUCUGCAGAUUACAUUUUUUGUUGUAAUCGCUUCGGCUUUUGAAUGCCAUGCACAGAAAAAAGAACGGAAUUUAAUACUAAAUUUCCUCAUGCUUGUACAAAAAAAAAAUUAAGCCUUCAAAAAGCAGUCAUUGUGAAGUGAUAAGUGGUAUUGUAAAGGUGAACACUGUUAGCCAGCACACAGUGGCUGGCUCAGGUUGACAGUCAUCUGAUGUGAGUCUGCCUAGCAAUAAAAUUUGGACAGAGUCCUGAAAUGAU